CCCAUUUAAAAGAUAAAGUUAAGAAAAAUAAAAUAAAAUAAAACUAUUGAAAACUAAAAUAACUAGUAGGAAUAAAUAUGUGAUUAUAAAGCAACGGUUACAAGUUCCUAGGUAUUGGCAAGCCCCUUGGCUUAAGUGAACAUAAGAGAGAAUACGUGCACAAUUAGACAUUGCUUGCAAAUGGAUCCUCAGGUGUGGCACAAAGUUGCAGCGAUUUCAGGUGUUGCAGCACUUGGAUUGGGAACCUAUGGUGCUCACGUCUUCAAACCCCAAAACCCUGCUUACAAAGAAGUUUGGCACACAGCAUCGCUUUACCAUUUGGUUCACACCGCUGCCUUAGUUGCCGCCCCAAUCACGAAACACCCCACUGUUUUUGGAGGCCUUCUAACAACUGGGAUCUUGGCCUUCUCUGGGACGUGUUAUACUGUUGCACUUCUUGAAGACAGAAAAUAUUCAACUCUGGCUCCAUUUGGUGGCUUUGCGUUUAUAGCAGCUUGGGGUAGCUUGUUUUUCUGAUGACUUCGAUUCUGUUUUGGUUUGUGCUGUUACUACAUUUAUCAUCAAGUUUGUUAAAAAGUAAUUGGACUACCACUGAGUCAACUGUUAUCAGCCCGUAUUUGUAAAUCUUUUCCCUUUUGUCUUACCAAUGGUUCAUGAUCUUGAAUUCAGUGUUUCUACUGAUGAUGUUCUUAACAGAUCGAAGAUUUUCUUUUGACUGUUGAA